CUCAAAGUUCACAGUGUUAGAGGUGUUAUUAGUCCUUCUUAUUUUCACCUUCUCAGAGUGCUGACUGAACACAGAGAAGAGGGAAAGUAGAGGAAAAGAUUCUGAAUAAUGGGGGCCUCUGUGUCUAUAAGGAACCAAACCCCUUACACUUGGCACUACGAACUUGUCGGAGACGGAAGCAAGAGGAAGACCGUAUCCGUCAGCAGCAGGAGGUGAUGGAGCGGCGAAGACAGGAGGAGCAACGAAGACGACAGCAGGAGGAGAUGGAGCGGCGAAGACAGGAGGAGCAACAAAGACGACAGCAGGAGGAGAUGGAGCGGCGAAGACAGGAGGAGCAACGAAGACGACAGCAGGAGGAGAUGGAGCGGCGAAGACAGGAUGAGCAACGAAGACGACAGCAGGAGGAGAUGGAGCGGCGAAGACAGGAGGAGCAACGAAGACAACAGCAGGGGGAGAUGGAGCGGCGAAGACAGGAGGAGCAACGAAGACAACAGCAGGAGGAGAGGAGGCGCCAGGAGCAACUGGAGAGGGAGAGGGCGAUCCAGCAAGAAAUCAAAAGGGAGAGCGAACUUUCGGGUAAGAAGGUGUCAAAGGGACGAGAAAAGCUGAGACAGAAGCUGAGACUAAAAGAACAACAGCGCCAUCACUAGCGUACACAGGUACUACACCAGAUGAUAGAAGAUGACGCUGCAGCAAUCAGAAGGGAUGAGCCAGGGGACUUGAAAAAUAAGUUUGAAGAUCUUCUGAAGAAAUACGAGAUCACUGAAGACAAAGGCAUGCAAGAGGACAAACUUGAAAACCAAAUGAAAAAUCUUCAGAAUGAAUUAACCCUUAAAUACUUUGGAGAGCCUCAACUGUCAAUCUGGUGUCAGUUGACCAUAGAUCGUGCUAUCAGCCAAGGAGAGCAAUCGCUCACUGAGCAGUUUAGCAUCCUCACGGCUGUGACAGAGCUAACGUUGACCAACGACUCGGACACAGACAGUAAAGAGGACCAACUACUUGACUGGGACCAGAAGUAUGACUUUGUCAUCCGUCUUCUUGAACAGCUGUACAGCACAAAUCCCACAGUGGCUCAACAACUUGUUCUGAGUAUUCUUGAUGUGUUCACAGAGGUGUCAGAGAAAAACAAGGGGCUCCUUAGUCAAAUUCUCUUCAACAUGAUCUGGACACCUUCAGAAAUUCUGCUCUUUUUGCGAGGUGUUUCAGGCAUAAACCAAGAGUUAGCAACCUCAAUCCUUCAUACUGUGAGGACAAACAAGCUGGAUCUUCUCUCUACUCUCUCUGCCCUGAAAGAUAAAGACCCUGUCAACUCUCUACAAUUGUAUGCUGAGGCAGAAGGGGACAAGGAUGCCGACACCAUUGUGAAUGAAAUGCCAAAUGAAAAGUACCCAGAGAAAAUAUUGUCCAUAAAUGAAGGAAAUUCUAGGAUAUAUGACAGAGGAACUUCCAAAACAUGCAAAGGAGGACUUGGAUCAGGUAAAGAUAGAGGAAGCAAAGCAGAUGAUCAAGUCACUGGAUUUUACUAACCCUGACCUUGCUGUUCUCAAGGAGGUCCUAAUAAGGAUGUCUAUUGCUGUACAAGACUGCUCAACCAUUUACACUCAAAACGGUAAGAACAUAGAAGGCUACUUUCCUAGCAUCACGCAGUUGGCAUCAUUGCUCAUGCUCCUUCUACCAAAGUUAACAGGGAAAAAAGGUAUCCUUCUGGAAAUCGGCACAGGUGAAGGAAAAUCUUGCAUCUUGGCUAUGUUUGCCACCAUCCAGUCCAUCCGUGGCACUAAGGUUGACGUUGUGACCAGUUCUGCAGUCCUUGCUCGCCGAGACCAAGAGGAGUGGAAGAAACUGUAUGACAUGUUUGGUGUCACAUCCUCUGUUGUGCCACCACCACAGAUACAGGGAAGCUCCCCUGAAAGCAGGGAUAGUAUGCUACAGGAGGCUUACAGGAAACAAUUAGUUUACGGAACCGUUGGCAGCUUUGCAGCAGACGCAUUGAGGCAGGAAUUCGAGAAGGACACCACACGUGGGGAGAGGAGGUUCGACAUGGUGAUUGUGGAUGAAGUGGACUACAUGACCUUGGACAAUGGAGUUCAGGUGACGUUUCUAUCCCACGAGGCAAGUGGCCUGAGGCACCUCAGACAAGUCCUUGCUAGCAUAUGGGCCAUGGUAUCUAUGUGUCAGCCAAUUGAGAUGGAAAAUACUGGAGAGAUUGAGUGGACAACUGGAAUCCAGCAUUUUCACAAGGCUGCAAAGUUAGCUGUUAUCGGUCCAGCAACAUCUAAAGAUUUCUCUGAAUUUCACAUUUUGGAAGCCGGAGUGGAGUUGGGUAUCUAUUCAGAUGAAGAUUUUGACAUGUUCAUGCAUGCUCUAGAGAACACAGAGAAAGACGAUACAACAGAGAACAGGAGAACUGUUGAUACAUUCAUGGCCAAAGUUGGAAUUACUCAACAGUGUGAUCUGCUCACCAUCAUGGAGAAAGCACUGGAGAAUGAUGUGGACAUUGACUGUUACUCUGUGACAAACAAUAAAGCCGUGCUGGUUAAGGAGAAAAUGUUGCACAACAACCCUGAUAUCCUGGAAAUCAAAAUGCUUCUCCUCGAGAAUGGACGAGCCAGCGAGAUCAUACCUGAAAAAAACUCAUUAAGGCAACUGAGCUGAAGUCUAAAAUCAAAUAUUCUGGCAACUCUCAGUCAAACUCAGUUUCUUGUGAUCCCCUCUUUCCUUGAGAAGUACCUUGAGAAUCGGUUACCAGUCUUUGUGGAAAACGCCCUGAAAGCCAUCAUGAUGACACAAGGCAGAGAGUACAUGAUUGAUCAGAUGUUGGAAGCUGUCAGAGACAAGCAUCUCUACCAUGCUAUCAUCCCAGUGGACUUCCAGGCCAGUGGAGUGUUGGAGAAGAACAAACGCUGGGGGGACGGCCUGCAGCAGUUUCUGGAGAUGAAACACCAGCUGGCAACCACUCCUUUGUCCAAUGUGACUAAUUACCUUUCAAACUUCCAUUACUUUCAAAAGUACCUAAAAGGGAAUGGGAUAUUUGGUGUGUCUUGGACAUUAGGGGGUGAUGCCGACAAAGAUUUCCUUGCAAGGCAUUACGAAACAGAGAGCUACACAAUUCCAGCUCACCGCUCACCAAGCUUCCGAGCUUCCAGCAAUUCAGGUCAGUGGGCAAGCCCAGUGGAUGGAGAUCCUCUGUAAGACAGCAAUGAGAGUGGCAGAAAGUGGUCAGGUUGUCUUGGUUGUAUGUGAAGAUGUCAAUACAGCAAACAAGCUUCGGAAGAAAAUAGAGAGCGAGAAUCCACAUCCCUCCGUCACAUUCUACACAAUCAGUGAGAAACACAACAUUGAGAGAACCAAAUUCAGAGGGGGACAUGUAAUCAUAGCCACAAACCUAGGAGGUCGUGGAACUGAUAUCAAGGUUGAUCAGGAUGUCAACAUACUUGUUGGCCUCUUCGUCCUCCUGACACAUUACCCUGGCAGUUGCAGAGUGGAGAAACAGGUGUUUGGAAGAACUGGUCAGAAGGGAAACCCGGGCAUGGUCCAGAUUAUCCUCUGUGGGGAUAACCUUGCCCCAGCAUACCAGGGCCAGCCUAUGGAGAUCAUGAGACGAAUUGAGAGAGGAGUACGAAGUCCAACGCAUCAAAGGUAUGGAGACAGAUGAGCUUCUCGAAAUAAAAAUUAAAGUGGACCUGUUUGGCACAUUUUGUGAAUUUCUUGACAAGUUUCAUGGCAACUUCACAAAACAGGAGAGAGAUGACCUGUCAGGAAUGGGGCCGAAUGAUGUCCCUGAGUGUUUUAAAGAAAAAGGCCCUAAGUUUGAUUACCAGCCUGCACUCAAUGCUUUGAAAGAAACAGGGGCGUUGUGGCUUACCCUUCACGAGGAGCACAUCCGUCAGCACGAAGAUAUCAGUGUUCUUAAAGCAGACCUUCUUGAGCAUAUCACAAAUAGGGGCAACAUGCUGCUGAAUGGAAAAAGUCUAAACUUCUAUGACCACAUUAAGCAGGCUACUGGCAGAACAGACUUGCACCUUCGCAACAAAAGUAAGUUUGACUAUGAAGAAAAGUCCUACUGGAAAGAUGUUGAAGAAUGUGACCCUUUUUACAGUGCCGUGGCAAUGUACAACCAAGCUUUCAUCACCAUCAACAUGGGCAAAGAUGGCUACAAAACAGAGGCACGGGAAUUACUGGAAAGGGCAAAGACAUCUGUGGAUGUUUACUUGUCAGAAACCACAAAUACCAUGGUUUCUUUUCAGAUUGCCACAAGAGGGAACUUUGAACCACAUCAUGAAGGAGAAUGCAACUUUCUAAAGCAAAUAGAUUCCAGGAUGAGCAUUCACCAAGCUUGGAUACGUAACAUUGACCUUGCAGUAAAUAAACUUAAAGAGCUUGAGGGUGAAGGCACAGCCAUAACAGAGGUAUUCUCAAUGUACAGCCUCUCAGAAAAUCAAGACUACGUCACAGGAAAUGAACUCAAGGCCUUGUAUGACAAUGGCCUGAGCAUUGUGUUUGAGGUGAAAAAGAAGCCAGAGUUCAGCUUUGACGCUUUGAUCUGUUUCUUCAUCGGUAUGUGCCAGGUCAUCCUUGGAGUUCUGGUUUGUGCCCUGUCGUUUGGCGCUGCAACCCAGAUUGGCUUAUUUCUCAUCUGUGAAGGAGUCUCUGACAUGAUUGAAGGUAUAUCUGGCAUGAUAUCGGGCACAUUCGAUUGGGCGCAAUGGGCCAUCUCCAAAAGCAUCAGCAUUGGGAUGUCUCUGCUCUCCGCAGGGUUUAGCGCCAUUGAAAAAGUUGCCAUCACAGCAUAUAAAGUCCUCAAUGGUACUUUGAAACUCUCAUUUGUUGCAAAGGAAAUCAUUGGCACAGGAAAACAUGUUUUCAAGUCCACACAGAAAGCAGCAAAGUAUGCAAAUAAGACUGCAACAAAGAAACUGGCAUCCCCUACAAACAUGAAGAUGGCUCUAAAACACGCAACCAAGUAUGCAUUUCAGGAGGUAGGGAAGCAGGGUGUAAUCACAGGAAUAAACUAUGCCAUUGAUGCUGGAAUUGGGGCCAUCUUUAAAACAAUUUUAGAAAAAGCUUUCAAAGACAUGGUCAAAAAGAAUGCAGAACUAGAUCUUAGUCUCACUGAAUACAUUAGCUCUGCAGUACCUAAAGGAGCUUUGCAGAACCGCAGCAACUAUAAGAUUGACUCAAAGCUUGAACAACAAACAAAAGAUUUAGUUCAAGUUAUGACAAAAUAACUUAUUCCUGGCCUCAUGACUGAUUCCACCACAUCCCAAGUCAGUGAUGUUAUCAGCAGACUCUCUGAGGUGUGCAAUAAUGCAACUGACCUUGUGGCAAAAAGUGGAACACAUUUUAUUGCAAAAGGAGUCAAAAUAAGUGUAGAAAUAGUUAAACACACCACAACCUUGGUCAAAAUGAUUCAGUCUAUUCCUACAGAACAUGUUAUUAAUGACAUAUUUGUCCUCAAAUUUAAAAAAAGAAAUUGAAGAGCAGCAAAGAAAUGUGGAGCAGCAUGACCAAGAUGGCAGACAUGAUUUACCAGAUGUGAUUUGCCUGAAGGAUGAGUUGCUAAGCUCCAUUUCGGAAAGUGUCUCCGAAGCGUUCAUAGAUGCUUGUGCUGGUCAUAUGUCCUCUUUUGUGACGGGAACAUUCAAGAAGAAGCUCAAUGGAGUUACUGGAAAAGUUGUUGACAAUGUACUAGGCAGACACAAAACUGAGGCCUUUUUCCAGGACCGGCAGCAUAAACAUGAUAUGAAAUCAGCCAGUCAGACGGCUGGGAAAUCUCUGUCAGAGACUGAAACAAAAGAACUUCUGGACUAUGCAGAGAAGAUUGGUGAUGUUAAUCGACCAGCCUCGGCCCUGGACAUUUAUGUCCUCACAAACAGUGACCUGCUCCAUGGUAAAGGCAUCCAGUUCAAAGUGGUGGAUCAAGAUGGGAAAACGCUCUCAGAGGAGGCCUACCCGGGAACGAACAGCUCAGCCGGCCAAAUCACUCUACGGCUGACCAAAGAGCCUGAGAAAACACACAGUGAGAAAGGAAUCCUCUCUAAAGCAAAAGACAGAAUCCAAGGAGUGGAAAGUCCAUACAGUGGUCACUUUGACAUCAUCCAAGAUGGCAAAGUAAUCCCUGUGCGCUCAGAGAACAAGAACUGCCUGUACCAUGCCCUAGCACAGGCAACAUCUAACAGUUCUGAGGAUGAGAUCCCGAGUCAAGCUGUGAAUCUAAGAAACAAUGUUAAAGACCAGAUUAAAGGGAGCCUUCAGGCUUAUAGUGAAAUGGUUAAAACCCAGAAGGCCUAUGAUGCACUCGAGAAAAAUCAUGGAAAAUAUGCUAUAGUUGGAGGGACCAGGAAUAGUAAACGGACGAAUGAUGGGGAAUAUGAACAGGAUAUCAGGCCCAUGAAGAAUUGUCCUUAUAGUUCCUCAGGGAUAAAUGAGUAUGGCAUAGCCUUUACGUACCACCUUGGAUUAGUUGGUCCUUACAAAAGGUAUUUUAGCAUAAUAAUUUUUUACAUUUUUAUAUGGGCAUUGUUCAAAUCUACCAAUGUUAUUAUAAUGACCCUGCAUUGUUUUUACACUUGAAUAUAUUAUUAAGACCAGAAAUCUAUAUAAUAAUUCAUAAAGCAUUGACAUACAAAUUGUGUAAAUAGAUGUGUUUACUUGAAUUGUACUUCCAUAGUACAACCCUUUCUCUUCUAUUCCCUCAUCAUUGUCAAAAACACCAAACUUUUCUUUGACAACAUGGGGGAAAGAGGCAUUGUGGAGGCAGACCAUAUCCUACCAAAGAAUUCCCUGAAGCUGGCCGAAAAAUCUUCAACAGAAGAAUCGGAAGCUUUAUGAUAUGAUAAACAGCAUUGAAUCAGAUCAAAAUGGAGGGAACCUGCUCACAAUGCGGGUUCUCAAACAGCAUCACAGGAAUGCUCUAACCACUGGAAGGAGUAAGACAUCUGUCAUCUGCAGGAAGGCGCUAGCGGAUACACUUGCAAGCGGAGAUGUGGAGAAAUCACUGAAGUUAUCUUUCAUCAUGGCUCAUCCUAUUGCUUCUGACCAGCUCAGAGACAAAGCAGGAAAGCCCAAUAAACUUACCCUGGGAUCCAUUGAUUUAUCUCCUGAAGGAACAGUGUUCUACUAUAAAGCUGGCUUCAAUCAGAUGCUGAAUCACCAUAGUAAAGAGGAGAUCAUCGACCAGAAUCAGCAGGCGAGGCUGAAGUCCUGGGUGUCCGAUAAGAAGUACAUGGACCCAGACACCCCAGAGUACAACGACAUCCUUGCAGCCAUCCAGUAACACAACCUCCACUGGAGACAUGUUAGUAAAGGGAUAAAAUCAUACUUUUAUAUUCAGCAUAUGAAUUACAUGAAUUCAGUAUAAUCAUAAUGUGAAUAAUUUCUUGUUGAACCUUAGGUGAAUGACAAUUUGACCUUUCUACUGCUGCAUAAUCACUAUACUUUUUUGUUUGUGCUUCCACAAGGUAGCCUAUGGCUUUUCAAAAUAGAUACAGUAACUUAUGUGCAAGGUGCAUGAGAUAUAAGCUUGCUAAAACAACUAUAGGUUCUUCACAGUAAACUGUAAAUUGACUUUUGAUUUUGUUUCAUUCAAUACUGUAUACUAUACUGGAUGCCAAAGUUAAUUUCUCAAUGUCAUAAUAUUUACUGAUGUCCUAAUAUUUAAUGUUUGUAGUUUCUUAGUGUUCCAUUUUAGUGUAAUGAUCAUGAUAACCUUUUAAAAUCAAAUCAGAAUGUAUUUGUCGCAUGUGGAGAAUACAGUGAAAUGCUUGCCCACAAGCCCUUAACAACAAUGCAGCUUUAAGAAAAAAUGAAAAAAGAAAGAAAUAUUUCAAAUAAUUAAGGAGCAACAAUAAAAUAACAGUAGCAAGGCUAUGUAUUUUAUGCUCAUCAUCAGUGGUUUCACAGUCAAAUCAUGGUCUCAUUGGCAGUGUUUAUCAUGUAUUUGAUUUCUUUACUAUUGGAUUAUGGAUGAUUUUAUAUUUACUCAAUCCAAGGUGGUGUUUUAAUCCAUUUGAAUAAAUGUUUGCAUUCUCAAAAAUAUUAUCUGUAUUUGAAACUAUUGAUAAUAAACUGAUUUAAUUUGCAAGACUACUAGCAA